AGUGCUAUCAGUCGAAUUGUGAACCGUUGUUUGCUCAGACCAGUUUCAGCUGUCGAACCGGUUGCAUUCUCGGGGCCAUUUGUCUGCGAACGGAAAGUGAACUACUGCUGGAAAGUGUUAAUGUAUGUACCUAGAGAGUGUCGAGAAGAACUUGAACGAGGAAGACUACUCGAGUGUUAUCGCUGCCAACAAGCAUAUACGCACACGUACGACCGUCUGGUUCUGGAUAAGGCCAACCUCUUGUCUUCAAUCAAUUGAAUUAAUUUUCCUAAUUGAGUUUUGCCACCCGCAUUUGGCACCUCGGUAAGGAGCAGCUUACGAAGUUAUUGAAUCAAAACAGGAACGUCUUCGAGAGUGUCUGGCAUGGGUUGGUGUGUGCAAGUGAUGUGAUAACACGGUGUGACUGAAGAAGGAAACUUUUAAUUUAAGUGAUUUAAGCCAGUGUGUACUCGGUACUGUGAGGAGUGGUAUAAUUGAACGAAUCGAAACAGUAAACCCCAUCACGCAGAAUACGAUUCGAGCACUUCCGAACGAGAAGGACUGCCGCUUCCAAGGUUGCUCGAGAGGCACUUGAUCAACACCAUACACGGGUUCCGUCAGUGCAACAUGGUUUAUUUUAGUCCACGUGGUAUGCAGCCGCCGUGUAGCCCACCAGGAUUACCCAUCACUUCCAAGAGUCCCACUAUGGAAUCAGCGAACAGUAAUACUAGCAUUGAACCUGAGAUCGACCAGAAGCCGAUCAAAAUACAGCGAACUAAUGGCGGAGCGCUUAAGUUUUCGAUAGCCAACAUUAUGGGCAGAGAUGACGACGAUGAUGCUGAAACGGAGCUUCGGCGAAAGGAUAGAGCCGAUAUCCUUCAACCACCACAGUCUUCAAGUCCCACGUCGGUUGCUUCAAGCCCGAAUUAUGAACAAUCUUCGACGAUGGCCGCGUAUGACUCUGCGUUCAAGAAGUACGUGCCAAGUUCGAUGCAUCAAUUUGUGGCCAAUCGUCAUCAGGACCUGCUGAGUCAGUAUCCACUGUUGUACUAUCCUGGCCAGUUGAUGUGUGCUGCUGCGGCGGCCCAGUAUGCAGCCUUAACUCAACAUCCUGUUACGUUAUUGAAUGGUACUUCUCUAGCAGCAGCCAGUGCCGUCGGUGGAAGCAAUGGCGCUCCACUGCAUCCCUACGCUUCCGGGGCUAAUGCUCUGCGAAGUUUGGAAGGUUCUUCUUCCUUGUCAUCGGGUCAGCAUUCUUUGGCCCACCACAAGAAAGUAAACCUGAAUGUAUCGACGUCUUCAUCUUCGUCCGGUGAUCUCAACAGUUCAGUGAACUCAUCAAAUUCGACCAACCUUACGUCGGCAGCAGCCUUAGCGAAACAAAAGACUUUUGCCUGUCCGGAAUGCGGUAAAGUUUUCAAUGCACAUUACAAUCUUACUCGCCAUAUGCCUGUUCAUACCGGAGCAAGGCCUUUCAUCUGUAAAAUCUGUGGUAAAGGAUUCCGACAAGCAUCGACUUUAUGUAGGCAUAAAAUCAUUCACACAUCGGAAAAACCACAUAAGUGUCAGACCUGUGGAAAAGCCUUCAAUCGGUCAUCGACGCUCAACACACACACUCGCAUCCAUGCAGGCUAUAAACCCUAUAUCUGUGAGUACUGUGGGAAAGGUUUUCACCAGAAGGGAAAUUACAAGAACCACAAAUUAACGCAUAGCGGUGACAAGGCUUACAAAUGCACUAUUUGCAAUAAGGCGUUUCAUCAGGUGUACAACCUGACGUUUCACAUGCACACCCACAACGAUAAAAAACCGUUCACGUGUAAAAUUUGUGCAAAAGGAUUUUGUCGCAACUUUGACCUCAAAAAGCAUAUGCGAAAGUUGCACGACGUCAGUCUUAGUGCUAGUCUAAAGCGUCAACAUCAGCAACAUCAACAGCAGCACUCAACUCAACAAUCAUCCGAUCCCGGUCGUCACGGUUCUUCCUGGCCAGGAAAUGGUCCUGCUUCAACGUCAGCCUCUCUGGCAGCCCUAUCAGCAUCUCCUUUGUCCACCUUAUCGAAUCUACACCACUCUGCCGUCGCUGCCGCUGCAUUACGGUCGGGUGAUUACAGCAGUCCUUUCUUGAUGCCAAGUGCACGGGGCGGUCGGCUGGAUGCCCCUUUUAUAGGCAAAGUCUUUUGACAGAAGUACUAUCAGCAUAACUUUAGCGUUCCCCAGCACCCGGGACAGCAUCCCAAUAAUGAUGCAACAACCGCUGCAAACGCGUUAGGAGGAUCGUUACUAUUUCAACAUCACCAACAACAACAGCAGCAGCAGCAGCAGCAGCAACAACAACAACAACAGUUGACAAGUCUGACCAAGAGCAUACUAAUCAACUAGAUCUUCAGGGGACCAGUGUAUUCUCUCAAUUUUGAUUCCUGAGCAAAAUAUUCGAGACGAACUACAACUCUAUUCGAUAGGGUUACACAGAACCAGUGCAAUAUAAUAGGAAACCCAAGAGGCUACUAGCUACUAGAUAUGACGUUAAAUGUGAAUCUACAUAGGAAAUGAAAAAUCAGCAUACCGUUCGAUGGUAGCUGGACCAGUGAUUUAAGUGAGUGAUGAACAAAACGUGAAAUCACACGUGAAGUCGGUGAAACUUCCGAUUAGUGAUUGUUUUUUUUUGAAUGCAUUCUUUCACGUAAAUAUUUGUAGAAAAGAAAAUUAUGAGUAAGUUGCUUUUAGCAAAACAUUGAAUGAAUGUAAGAAUUUUAUUAAAUGUAAUUUUAGAAAAGAGCACACAAAUUUAUGUGUAAAAUAUUGAAAAUUCAAAUAUAAGAAAUUGUACGUGACGCAUGUUUCAA